AUAAAAUACGGUAGGUGGCGGUAAUGCUCCUAGGAGUGAAUGGUCAUUAACAAGAAGAAGAAGAAAAUGAAAAUUAUUACAUAAUUUCUCUUUUUGUACAGAACAUAAGUACAACAUCCGUGAUAUUGACGUCCAUAGAGCUGUGAAAUAAAUAUCGGACAGUCAUGGAUUCGCUAAAUUUUGAGUCGGAGAUGGAGGCAGACGGGCAGGGCAAUUAUUCUCUGUUUCCAGCCCUGGACAGUAUGACCAGCUUGACUGGAGCAACUGAGAGUCUAGACUCCGAAACCCCCUGUGAGGUUACAGACAAACCGAACCUUACAUGGCUCGACGCUGCUCAGAUUGUACUAGAAGAGGCUGGACGGCCCAUGCACAUCAAGGAAAUCAAGCAGAGGAUCAUUGAUCGUGGAUUGGUGCAGUCAAAUGCAAAGUCAAGUCUUGAGGCUGUCAUGUAUCGAGAGACACAAAAAGGAAGCAGACGCUUCAAGAGGAUUGAGAGCAGAAAUGGAGUUUUUGCCCUGUUGACUGAUGAAGAGAGACAGCAGGCAUUGCAGGCAUUCUCUUCCCAGUCAACCUUCUCAAGUUCAGGGUCUGGCUUGUCCCUGGGUACCCUACCUUCCCCCACGAGCCAUGUUGAGCCCAGGCCUAAGGUCAGGAAAGGUCCUCGCAAGAACCAAAAUGAAAAGUACAGACUGAAGUACCUCCGUUUACGCAAAGCUGCACGUGCCAUGAUUUUUGAAAAUGCAGCUCUAUAUGAUGAGAUUGCUCACCUGGAAGAGAAGUUUGUCUGGGCAAAAGAGGAAAGGAGAUUCCUGAUGAAGUCUUUGUUGCAGUAUCAGUCUGUGGCUGAAGGCGAGCCAAUCCCAACUCCCAGCUGCAGCACACACAAUGCGGUCACACCCCAGUCCAGCACACCAGGUGGCGCUAUUCUCCCCGGGAGUCACAGCCAGGGCUCUGGACUUUCAGGAUCUGAAGAGAGUCUCUUGAAGAAACCCAAGAAAGAACGAAAAGAGAGAGGAAGGGAAGAACUCUUGAAAAAGAUUUGUAAGAAGAGGAAGGUAACCGAGGGAGGACUACGCAAGCUUGUGAAGCCCAUCUCGCUGGACUCUUCUGGGAGGCCGGUCUUUCCCAUUGUGCUUGGAGGACUCACAGUUUACAGCCUGGGGGAGAUCAUCACAGAUAGGGCUCUGUUUCAUGACGAGACCGCUAUCUAUCCUGUGGGGUUUUGUAGCACUAGAGUUUUUGCCAGUAUGAAGAACCCGGAUCAGAAGUGCCUCUACACUUGCCAAAUCAAAGAUGGUGACCAAGGACCACAGUUUGAGAUCGCGCCGGAGGACGACCCACAGAAUGCAAUAGUGGCCUCCUCAGCUCUAACCUGCCAUACAAAUCUGCUUAAAGCCAUCGCUGGCCGAAGGGGCAAAUCCUUGGCCAGUAUUGUUCCAUCAGGAGCAGACUUUUUUGGUUUCUCUCACCCAACCAUUCAGAACCUGAUCCAGAGCUGUCCGGGGGCUCGCAAGUGCAGCAAUUACCAGUGGGUGCGUUUUGAGGUAUGUCGACCUGGCGACGGACAGGUGGCACACGGCCUUUCAGAAGAUGAUGCAUCUGUUAACUUUGAGUCCUUCCAGCGAUUGCAGAGCUGUGAGGAUAGUCUGACCAAUCAGAACAUUAUGCCAGAACAGAGCAUCACAGUGCGAACCCAGCAGCCCAACAUCUCAUCUCACCUGCUAAGCUCAGCAGCACUCCAGACCACUGUUGUAACUUCUCUCUCCAACACAUGAACAUAUUCUCACACAUUUAGCUGGCAUUCUGCUCAAACUAUAAUUAGAGAGAAUCCCUGUAUAGACUAAAUAAACUAAAUUGAGCCUUUUAUGUACUUGUUUGUGUUUUGGAAUUCAAAUCUGCAUUGUGCCAAGUGAGAACUCAUGCUUGGAUGCAUCUCUGCAUGCGACUGUAUAAAGUAAUAUAAGUCUGACUUAUGACUAUUGACAUUCUUUGUACUGUUAAUGUUGGUUAUUAAAGUGUGAU